AUGUUUGCAGGGCAGUUCUAUAAUUACAUGAUUGCGUUUAGCAUAGCACCUGCACUUUUUCCGCCAGUCCCCGAGGCUCUUUACUCAUUUGAUGUAUAA